AAGAAAGAGCAUAUGUCUUGAAUUCCACUGCAUCUUCUUCUUCUUCUUCCUUUUUUCUCUUCUUCCUAGAGAAGUAGUGAUAGAGAGAGAGAGAAAGAAUGGGCACAGCGGCAGAGAAUGGAGAUAUGGAUGCUAAGGCUCAUGGGCGAGAAGAUUUCAGCGAUCAGAACAAUCUGGAUGCUGGUGCUCGUUUUGUUCUCAAAUCCAAAGGAACAUGGGUCCAUUGUGGAUACCAUUUGACAACUUCAAUUGUGGCGCCACCUCUUCUUAGUCUGCCUUAUGCAUUCACAUUUCUUGGAUGGGGCGGCGGGAUUUCAUGUCUGAUAAUUGGAGCUCUCGUCACUUUCUACUCGUACAAUUUGCUAUCUCUUGUUCUUGAACACCAUGCUCAGUUGGGUCUUCGCCAACUUCGUUUCAGAGACAUGGCUAAUAACAUUUUAGGACCAAGAUGGGGCAGGUAUUUUGUAGGUCCAGUUCAGUUCCUGGUAUGUUAUGGUGCUGUUGUUGCUUCCACACUUCUUGGAGGGCAAUGCAUGAAGGCAAUUUACUUGCUGUCAAAUCCAAAUGGGGCUAUGAAGCUUUAUGAGUUUGUAAUCAUCUUUGGAGGGUUAAUGUUGAUAUUGGCUCAAGUUCCUUCUUUUCACUCUCUAAGGCAUAUUAACUUGAUAUCCUUGAUUCUGUGCCUUGCUUAUAGUGCCUGUGCCACUGGUGGUUCCAUCCAUAUUGGAAGUUCAUCCAACGAACCAAAAGAUUAUUCUCUAAAUAGAGACAGCCAGGACCGGGUUUUCGGAGUCUUUAAUGCCAUUGCUAUCGUUGCUACAACUUAUGGCAAUGGAAUCAUACCAGAAAUUCAGGCAACUAUAGCAGCACCUGUAAAGGGAAAGAUGUUCAAGGGACUGUGCGUGUGUUAUACUGUAGUUGCAGUAACAUUCUUUGCGGUUGGCAUUUCUGGCUACUGGGCAUUUGGUAAUCAAGCUGAAGGACUAAUCCUUAGCAACUUUGUUAGUAAUGGAAAGCCUCUGGUGCCUAAAUGGUUUGUUUUGAUGACCAAUAUUUUCACUAUUCUCCAACUAUCAGCAGUUGCUGUGGUUUACUUGCAGCCAACAAAUGAAGUGCUUGAACGAACAUUUGCAGACCCUGAAAGUGAGGAGUUUUCUGCCCGUAACGUUGUCCCACGAAUUAUCUCAAGGUCAUUGUCAGUCGUCAUAUCAACUACAAUAGCAGCAAUGCUUCCAUUCUUUGGAGACAUCAAUUCAUUAAUUGGAGCCUUCGGUUUCAUGCCUCUGGACUUUAUCUUGCCUGUGGUAUUUUACAACCUCACAUUUAAGCCGUCGAAGAGGAGCCUGGUUUUCUGGUUGAAUAUAACCAUUGCAACUGUUUUCUCAGCAUUGGGUGUUAUAGCAGCAGUUGCAGCAGUCAGACAAAUAAGUCUUGACGGGAACACUUAUCGGUUAUUCGCUAAUGUUUGAUGACAUUUAGAAGCGCCAGUUUUAGAGUUAUUCCUGGGAAACCAGAAUGGGUCUAGUAAUUGCUAAUAGUUUGUUCUAAAGGAAAUAUGAUCCAUAGGCUAAGGUUCUUGCCUUACUUAUAUCCUAAGGAUUAUUUUGUACCAUAUUUUUGGUGAACUUCCUGUAUAUAAACUCAGAUUUCUAAUGAAAGAAAAUUGAGGGAAGUUCUACAGAAAAAAAAUAAAUUUUACAUUUACUUUCUUGUUC